UGGCCGACGAUUAAUGCAAAUCGUAUUUUUAGCUAUUUUACAGUUGCCGCCUUCGUUGUAGUGACAUAUGAUUGGGCACUUACACUUGGACAAGAGGUGGAACUGAUUUGGAGACAACCCUGGUCCUUAAUGACAGUUCUGUAUCUCGGUGCGCGCUACCUUGGAAUCUUAGCUACCGUCAUGUACAUGUUGGGGACUGUUCCGACCAUCUUUUUGUCAGAUACAGGCUUUGGGAUGUCCAUAGUAUGGUAUUGGACGGUUACUGUGAUAGUUGCGAUGCUGCAGGUCAUCAUCAUCACUCGGUUGCAUGCCAUGUAUCAACGAUCCAGAAAGAUCCUGAUAUUCCUCAUUGUCAUAUUCCUGGCUGUCAAUAUUCUCAACGGAGUAGUCACCGCACUGAUGACGAUGCAUAUUUCAGAGGCGGAACCCACUCUCUCCAGCACUUAUCAAUGCAUGCUUGUCUCUGAGAGUGUGGUCCUGAAUGAUCUAUCACUCCUGUAUGCUAUUUCUUUGACACUGUUCAUCGUGUUCGAGGUCGUCGCGCUAUGUCUCGCAGUCUGGAUUGCGCUAAAACACUUCCGUGAACUUCGACAAUAUUUGGCAGGAGGGAUUAUAGGGGACUGUUUCACAGUGUUGAUAAAAAGUCACGCGGUUCACUUUACGAGCAUGGUUGUUAUUUCUUGCAUCAUGUUCGCUACUUCCUUAACAGUGACGGAUUCCCCGUACACUCAGAUUAUUCUUGGCUUUGUUCAGAUUUUGCAGGCCAUGCAGAUUGUUGUGCUGGGACCGCGCCUGAUCCUUGGCAUUCGAGAAUACCACGCUAAGCUCGUUGCCCAUGCCGACGCAGUGACUGUUAUGACCUCGAUCGCUUUCCAGGAACGUGUGCAUAUAUUGACUGGCAGUGGCGUCUGAUACUUGGUGAAGUUCACAGUCGCCUAGUGCUCUGCAAGGAGUAGGAUAAUUUGUUUUUAUUUAUUCCCACUUACAUGUAUUAUCUGGUGUCCCGAAGUAGAUUCCAAGGAGACAUACAAAGUUUUCGUUUUAUUAUUUAAUCCUAUACGUGCUG